AUAUUAAUUUAAUAAAGUUAAUAAUUUGUUAUUAUUAUUCAAUCUAACGCAAUGUUACUAUACACAAAAAGUUCGUACGAAUAGCUGGUGGUAGGAGAUAAAACUCUCACCGCGGAUCGGCGGGAAAUAUUAAACAGCCGACAAUCGUAUGCGCUUCUAGUCUUCGUCCAGCAUCGAUUAAUUCAUGGUGAUUAAGACGUCUCCUCAAACAUACUAUUGUAAUAAACAGCAAUCAAAAAGCUAAUUACUAUUCAAACAACUUUAAAUCCGACAAAAGAUGUUGGCCAAAUUGUCGCUUAUAUGUCUAAUUUUGGGGACUGGUGAUGCCCAAUUUUUCGGAUCGCGGUCGCCACUUCCGUCCCUGACAAAAACCGCCAAUAAGCUCACUAAUGCCGCCACCAAUUUACCUAAAACUGGUAUCAACAGCCUUCUAUCAUUCAAUCCUUUAAAACUUGCCGAAGAGGCCCUUGACAAUUCAUGGUCAACUUUCCAGGGAUCAUUCGAUAAGACCUAUAAGACAGCUGAAGAAGCUAUACUUCGCAAGGAGAAUUUCAUCGAGAAUAUAGGAAAGAUUGAAAACUUCAACAAGAUCUAUUCCAGCGGCAAGUACUCUUUUGUGCAACAGAUCAACAAGUUCGCUGAUAUGCUGCAUCAUGAGUUCAACAGCAUCUUGAACGGAUUCGGGCGCUUCCAUGCUCCUCGCGUACCUAUCCAAAAGUCAUCGUCGUUUAUUCCCAGCGCCAACGUGCAUAUCCCAGACAACAUCGAUUGGAACGAGAAGGGGGCCGUGACACCCGUCAAAAGUCAAGGACUGUGCGGUGGAUGUUACGCUUUUAGCGCGGCUGGAGCCAUAGAAGGCCACACAUACCGCAAAACUGGAGUUCUCACUGAGCUGAGUCCGCAAAAUCUAAUCGAUUGCACUGAUCCAUACGGUAACGAAGGGUGCGUUGGAGGCCUUAUGGAUCCAGCAUUCCAAUACGUCAAAGAUAAUACUGGCAUCAACUCUCUAGUCAACUACCCAUACGAAGCGAAGAACGAUACAUGUCGGUACAAGGUACAGAACCCCGAUGCGGAAACAACAGGGUUUGUAACCAUCCCCGAGGGCGACGAGAACGCUUUAAAAAUCGCCGUAGCCACAUUAGGACCUGUCUCCGCAGCAAUUGACGCUAGUCAAGACACUUUCCAAUUUUACUCGAGCGGAGUUUAUUUCGACGAGAAGUGCAAGAAUGAGACCAUGUACAUGAAUCAUGCGAUUCUCGUCGUUGGCUACGGCGUCGAACAAGACGGCAAAGAGUAUUGGCUUGUUAAAAACUCAUACGGUCCCGAAUGGGGUAUCGGAGGCUUCUUCAAGUUGGCCCGCAAUGCCAACAACCAUUGUGGAAUUGCCAACAUCGCCAGUUUUCCUCUAGUAUAAAUGAUCCAUUACCAAUACUGCCUGAAUAUAUUAACUAUACAAAUAUAUUUUAUGAGACAUUGAUCUCCACUGGGAAUUAAAAAUGCUAAAACCAUAAAAGUGCUAUAAAAACUUGUACAUAUUUUAAAUUG